AUGCCUCGGAGGUCCAUGGAGUGGCCGACGGCCGCCCACAACCCCAAGCCAGAUGCGCUGCGCGGUGCAGACGUCGACGGGGGCGGGCAGUCGACGUCGUACACGGCACAUGACUGCACCGUGCAGUGCAUUGGGUCGCGAUACGUGUCUUGUCUCGUCCUGGCGCAUCUUGACAAGUUUUCACAUGGCCGGCUUGUCUCGUUUCCCUUCUGCGCAUUACCUUCUGCGCAGGACCCAGGGCGCCGGGCUCCGCGUUCGGCGCCGAGGUUCUCGAAAAAGCAAGCAUGCCCAGGACGGGUCACCGCUCAUGGCGCGCAAACUUGGGGGGGAGAACAAGAACCAAAAAAAGAUCGGCCGGCGGUGCUGUAUGUACAUCGUACAUGCUCGCAGGUGCGCGCCACGCAAUGUACGUAUCUUGCACUGUCGUCGUCGCGUACUAAGAGCGGCGGCACCGUCACUCCCGCUUCGGGUGGCGGCGGGCUGGCUGAUGGGAUGACGGGCUACUAG